CCCCCCCCAACACAGACGGACCAAGAAAAGUGGGACCAAAGAGGUUCUCGUGUGACGUUCGAGGUCCGGUAGGACUUUUGUGUUGUCGACUGAAACUUGAGUCGCUCUGACAUCACACCUGGCCGACAUCACUCUGACCCCGCCCCCGCCCUCCCACCACCCUCAGCCCCUCCCACCGCGCAACAUGGCGCUGUCGUCACGCUUAAAACUGUGGGAGCAGAAGAUCAAAGAGGAGAAUCAGCUGGUGGUCACUGCCGUCCCGCCGCCACAGCCGCUCUCCACGCUUCCCGGAGGAUUCCUGAAACAGCUGGUCCGAGAUUCCGAAAAGGAGACCAAAGAGAAGGAGCCGGAAGUCAAAGAGGAGAAGAUACAGCCCCGCAAGCUGAGCGACGACCUGGUGCAGCAGUUCCUGCUCCCGGAUCAGACUCCGCCCAUCCUGGAGGCCGAAAUGUUACUGCGGGCCGAGCACGCGGUCAGCAACGGCCACGCCCCCCUGCACUCGUCGCACUUGUCCUCGGCCCACAGACACGCCCAGAGAAACGCGGAAGGCCGACAGGAAGUCACGCCGGCGCUGCCGAAGAAGACUGCGGAUGCGGGCGAGGGGGCGGAGCCGAAGAGGGAGAGGUCAGAGGAAGCGGAGCAGGAGAAGAAAGGUAGAAAGGUGAAGCAGGAAGUGAAAGAAAACGCAAAGCAGGAAGUAAAACAGCAAAUGAGAAACAAAGUGAAGCAGGAAGUGAAAGAAACCGCAAAGCAGGAAGUAAAACAGCAAAUGAGAAACAAAGUGAAGCAGGAAGUGAAGCAGGAAGUGAAGCAGGAAGUGAAUGAGGAGCAUCGAGAGCCAGAAGGAAAGCCAGCGGACGUCGCCACGACAGAAGUACGCGUCCAAAGUCCGACGCUCUCAACGGACCAGAGCAGCGAGGAGUCUUCGGCGCAGGUGCUGGACGUUUGGUACGAGGCCGGGGUUGUUUGGUACGUGCACAAGGACGGCUUCACGCUCGCCACUCAGAUGAAGCCGGACGAAGGAACGCCAGACCUCCCGCUGGGUCGAGUCAGAGUUCGCCUCCACGCGGACGGCUCGCUGCUCGACAUCAGCGAAGACGAAAUGGAGCAGUGUAACCCCGCACACCUGGACCUGUGUGACGACCUCAGUGACCUCCAGAGUGUUAACGAAAGCGGCGUCCUGCACACGCUGAUCAGCCGCGCCAAAGCCAGCAUGCCGCUAACGCACGCCGGACCCAACCUGGUCAACCUGUGGCCGCCGUUGCAGACGCACAGCAAGACGCCGAGGUCGCGUCUGGGGGAGUCCGCGUGGGAGGCUCCUCCCACUUUGACCCGGAUGGUCAAACAGGUCUACGUGUCCGUGGUCGGAACCAGGCGGGACCACUGUGUGUGCGCCGUGGGCCGCAGUGGGACCGGAAAGACCACCACAUGUCAAGCCUUCACCCUCGCCCUGCUCGGACAGGCCGGGACCGCCGGACCCAACAUGAGCGCGGAGCGUGUUCAGGCCAUGUUCAGCGUGUUGAGGGCGUUCGGCUGCGUGACUUCUCCACACAGUGACUCCUCCUCUCGCUUCGCCAUGAUGUUCUCGGUGGACUUCAACCAUGCAGGACGCGCUGCUGCCGGACACCUUCAGACGAUGAUGCUGGAUAAAUGGCGAGUAUGUCACAUGACCGGCGGCGAGAGUAACUUCCUGGUGUUCUCUCAGAUGCUAGCAGGCCUCAGCGUAGACAUGAGGACGGAGCUGCAGCUGCAUCAUCUUGCAGAAUUCCACUCUUUUGGGAUGACUCUUCCCACCAAGGUGGAGGAGAAGCAGCGAGCGUCCGUUGGUUUCACCAAGCUGCUGGUCGCCAUGGAAACGCUGGGCUUCACCGCCACUGAGCAGAAGGCCAUCUGGCACGUCCUCGCCGCCAUCUACCACCUGGGGGCGGCGGGGGCUUGCAAAGUGGGGCGGAGACAGUUCGUGAACUUCGAGAGCGCCCAGGCGGCCAGCGGCGUGCUGGGCUGCGAGGGGGAGGAGCUUAACACUGCCGUCUUCAAACAUCACCUGCGGCAGCUGCUGCAGAAAGCCACCGGGUGCAGCAGAGAACGCGGCACAGCCGGCGAGUCCGAGGAAGGCCCUCGGCUGACGGCGGCUCAGUGCGUAGACGGGAUGGCGGCCGGCCUCUACGAAGAACUCUUCGGCACCAUCGUCUCCCUUAUUAACAGAGCUCUGAGCGGCCAGCAGUUGGCGCUGGCGUCCGUGACGGUGGUGGACACGCCCGGCCUGAGGAACCCUCGCCACGCGUCCGAGGAGCGAGCGGCCAACUGGAGCGAGUUUUGUCACAACUACCUGCAAGAGCGCCUUCUGGAACAUCACCACACACACACCUUCACACACACCUUGGAGCGCUACACACAGGAGAAGGUCCCGGUGGCGUUCGAGUGUCCAGAGAUGGACUCUGCUGACGUGGUGGCCGCCAUCGACCAGCCGCCUCCGCAGGUGCGAGCGGCAGAGAGCGCCCUCAGGGGUCUUCUGUGGGUCCUAGACGAGGAGAUGACAACGCCGGCGUCCAAUGAGGGCGCCGCCCUGGAGCGCGUGUGCCAGUACUACAAUCAGACAGUGCGUCAGUGCGAGCAGCCGCUGCAGCUGGAGGUGGGACACCUGGCGGGCUGCGACCCGGUACGCUACGAUCUGACGGGAUGGUUCUCGCUGGUCCAGAACAAUCCGUCUGCUCUCAACGCCGUCGGACUUCUCCAGAACUCGUCCGUAGCGUCAGUGAAGGCAAUGUUCUCGCCCGCCGUGGACGUGCCGCCGCUGUGCCGCGGCCUGAGCGGGCUGGAAGGCGCCAGUCAGCGCUCGCUGCAGAGGAGCGCCACCAUCAGGAAGACAUUCAGCGGGGGGGCGGCGGCUUUGCGCAGGCACUCGCCGUGCAUCGCCAUCAAACUGCAGGCCGACGCCCUGGUCAAUGUGAUCCGGCGUGCUCGGCCCGUUUUCUUGCAGUGCAUUAGCGCCAAGAUGGACGCCGGCGGCGCGCCCAACGUGGCGACACUGCGAGCGCAGCUUCUGUCGGCGCAGACGCUGUCGGCGCUGCAGCUCUACCGCACAGGCUACCCUGAUCACAUGACCCUCAGCAACUUCAGGCGUCACUUCCAGGCUUUGUCCCCGCCCAUCAUGAAGCGCUACGCCUCCAUGUUUGUCCGCCAUGAUGAGAGGAAGGCCGUGGACGAGCUUCUGGCCGACCUGGACUUGGACCCCAAAAGCGUCGUGGUCGGCGCCGGUCGGGUGUUCAUGAGGCGCGGCGUGCUCCGACACCUGGAGAGUCAACGCGACCUGCAGGUCAGCGGCUGGCUGGUCCACCUGCAGGCCGCCUGCGUGGGCCACCUGGCCCGCCAGAAGUACCGCACGCUCAAGGUGCGGCACAUGGCCGUGCGCUGUCUUCAGAGGAACCUUCGGGUGUUGCAUUUAGCGGCGGAAUGGCACUGGUGGAAGCUCUUCUGCCGCGUGCGCCCCCUGCUGGACGUCAACAUGGACAACGAGAGGCUGCGCACUAAAGAGGAUGAAAUGUCGGUGCUCAAACGGCGUCUGGACAAGUCGGAGAAGGAAAGGAACGAGUUGAGACAGACGGUGGACACCUGCAACACUAAACUGACGGCGGUGACCUCGGAGCUGAGCGACGAGCGUUUCCGUGGCGACGCGGUGGGUCAGGCUCUCGACGUGGAGCGAGCGGAGAGACUUCGUCUGAGCAAGGAGAACAAGGGGCUGCAGGCGCGCUUGGACCAGUGCAAGGUCGCCAUGGAGACGCUGGAGAAACAGCUGGAGGAGGAGCGGCAGAAGUAUCGCAACUUGGAGAGCCAACGAGCGGCGGGGACAGAGAGCGAGCUGGCCAUGCAGCUGGAAUGUUGCCAGACGGAGGUGGAGUUUGUCCGCCGACGGUUGAAGCAGACGGAGGACAAGGUGGAGGCGGAGCGUGAGACGCGCCAGCAGCUGGACAACAAAGUGGCGACGCUGCAGGCCCAGCUGGACCAGUCCAAGAAGAGCGUGAUCGAACUCAAACGACACUGCCGACGCAUGACCUCCGACCUCCAGGACGCGCGAGUCCUCAAUGACAGCCUGCAGAACCGGACGCACGAACUGGACCGCAAGCAGAGACGGUGUUUGUACUUUCUGAUCUUGCUGAAAAAUGCUCCCGCACGCUCACCACCGUGUCUUCCCUCCCUCGCUCGCUUCGCCGCCGCCAGCUUCGACAGCAAGCUGACGCAGGCGCUGGAGGAAGCCGACGACGAGCGAGAGCUGAAGGACAAAGCUACGCAAGAGAACGCCACACUGGGGGCGGAGCUAUUCACGCUGCGCCGCCACCUACAGGAGAGCCAGGCGGAGGCAGGUCGCUUACAGAAGCAGAAGGACGAGUUGUGCGCUCAGAUCCGUGACCUCAGCGUUCCCGUGAAUCUGGCCAGGGACUCCCUCCCUGACCUGAAGAGACAGCUCCGCCUCCUGGAGGGCGUGGCGGGCGAGCGGGCCGACGAGGUGUCCCAGCUGACCGCCAGAGUCCAACAGCAGCAACAGGUGCAGGUGCGCCUGGAGCUGGAGUUGGAGCGCAUAAAGCAGAUCCACCAGAAGGAGCUGGAGGACAAAGACGAGGAGCUAGAGGACGUACACAAGUCUUCUCAGAGGAGGCUGCGGCAGCUGGAGAUGCAGCUGGAGCAGGAAUACGAGGAGAAGCAGAUGGUGAUCCACGACAAACAUGACCUCGAGGGACUCGUCGCCACACUGUGUGACCAGGUGGGCCACCGAGACUUUGACGUGGAGAAAAAGCUGAGGCGGGACUUGAAGAGGACGCACGCGCUUCUGGCCGACGCCCAGCUGCUGCUGGCCACACUUCAAAGUGAUGGGCGGAGCCCCGCAGACGCCGGCAAGGACCAGCUGGAACGUCUUCACUGGCAGCUGGAGGACAGCGAGACACAGCGGCGUGAGGCGGACAGCGCCCUGACCACCUUGACGCAGCAGCUGGAGGACACGCAGACGGAAGUGGACAACAUGUGCAAGCAGAAGAGUCUGUUGGACGAGCAGCUGUCCCUCCUCCAGCAUGAGAAGGUGGACCUGCUGAAGCGCUUGGAGGAGGACCAGGAGGACCUGGAGGAGCUCAUGAGGAAGCACAAAGCGCUGAUUCAGCAGUCGUCCAAUGACAUCUGUCGCAUCAAAGAACUGGAGGCGGAGCUUGAGGAGGUCAAGAAGGAGAGACACGCCCUCCGGGAAGAGCUCCAGCAGCAAGCGUCCAGGUUGCAGUUCCUGGAGUCGUCCACCGUGGGCCGGAGCAUCGUCAGCAAACAGGAAGCGCGCGUGUGUGACCUAGAAAACAAACUGGAGUUCCAAAGAGGACAAGUCAAGAGGUUUGAGGUCCUGGUGCUGCGUUUGCGGGACAGCGUGGUGCGUCUCGGCGAGGAGCUCGAGCAGAGCGCACAGGCGGAGGCUCGGGAGCGUGACAACGCUCGCUACUUCCAGCAGCGUCUGCAGGACGUCCGCGUGGAGAUGGACGAGCUGAGUCAGCGCGAGCAAGACAGCAGCCGGCGCCGCAUGGAGCUGGCAAUGCAGGUGGAGGAGCUGACGGCCAUCAGGCAGACAUUACAAGCCGACCUGGAAACUUCCAUCAGACGCAUCGUUGAUCUGCAGGCCGCCCUGGAGGAGGUGGAGUCAAGCGAUGACAGCGACACUGAGAGCGUUCGUGCGGCCGCGACGUCGUCCUCGACAAAGAAAGAUCCAGACUCUGCGUCCAGCCUCGGCACGGAAGACGUCGGCGAGGGCGUACGUGGAGUUUCUCGAGGAAGCUCUCGUGGCAAAGGAUCUCCUUGUGGCAGCAGUACCUUCAGCGGCCAGGAGGGGCGCCAGUCGGCAGCGGACACCAGCAGCACGUACAGUUACCGCUCCUGCGCGGAUGAAGACAACGCGGAGGCGGGAAGCUCUCGAGGUUUGGGACGGGCGCCGUCCUCCUCGGCACUGUCGGAGCUUCUGGAAGGACUGCGAAAGCGACGAGCGGGCAGCGAAGCGGAGGCGGGCAGCACCAUGUCACUUCCUGUUUACCAAACAACGGCAGCUUCCGCCCUGCGCCGUCGAGCAUCGGCGCUCUCUCUCGCGCCCGACGACCUCCCGGAAAUUCGACCCAGCAUCCUCAAGCCGCCCUCGCCGCUUCUUCCUCGUGCCGCUGACGACUCGCUGACGCCGACGCCUCGCUUCAACUCCUGCGACUUUUCGACGUCCCUCCCCUCGCUGCCACGCCUCUCGUCCUUGGCGUCCUCACACGCCGUCCACGAGCGCCCCCCCUCCCUGUCCAUCCCAGAGGAGGACUACACGCAAGAGCCCUCGCGCUCUGUCGCGACGUUACGGCGCUCCCCGCAGGCGGCUCGCCGCUGUGCACUAUCUAACCUCGUCUCAGAGGACGCGGGCGAAGGCCACCUGGGCUCAGAGCCCGUUGUCUUCCAGAACCGCCACCUGGUUGGCGAGUGGGACGACACGUCCGACAUCCUUCCCGCCGUCCGCAGAUCUCAAUCCGCCAGCAGCCUGGCCGGCUCCGUGCGGGGAGGCAGGAGAGCGCUGAGCGUCCAUUUUGGAGAGCUUCCUCCCUCCACCCGCCAACGCAGCUCUGAAACCGAGUCGUCCAGCUCAGGCGGUUCAGGAAGUUCAGAGGUCACGCGGCCCAGAAGGCGAUUGGAGCGACCGCAAGGAGAACGACUGGAAGCUGAGGGCAGCGAGUGCGGAGACGUGUCCUCCGUCAUGAGGAAGUACCUCAGGAAGGAAGUGGACUGAAGCGGCGCCAGGUGACACAUCACAUGCAUCAUUAGCUACAUUAACCUCAUUAGGCCCAUUAGUAUUAGUUACAUUACAUUUACCAUAUUACUUUCAUUCACCUCAGUAACCUCUUACUUACUUCCUUAUCAUUAGCUAUGCCAGCUGCAUUAGCAUCAUUAGCUACAUUAACAUCAUUAUCUAUAUUGUUUGCAUUAUUCACAUUAGCUACAUUGACCAUUACCAGGAAUUGAUUAACGUGGACCCCGACUUAAACAAGUUGAAAAACUUAUUGGGGUGUUACCAUUUAGUGGUCAAUUGUACGGAAUAUGUACUGUACUAUGCAAUCUACUAAUAAAAGUUUCAAUCAAUCAAUCAAAAAGACCUCAUUAGCGUCAUUAGUUACACUAGCUGCAUUAAAUGUGUUUGCUACUUUAGCUAUAUUAACAUCAUUAUGCAUUAGUCCAGGGGUCGGCAACCCAAAAUGUUGAAAGAGCCAUAUUGGACCAAAAAUACAAAAACAAAUCUGUCUGGAGCCGCAAAAAAUUAAAAGCCAUAUUGUGUCAUGAGUUAUGAAUUGAAUUAAGAGGACUUAAAGGAAACUAAAUGAGCUCAAAUAUAGCUACAAAUGAGGCAUAAUGCUGCAAUAUGUACAUAUAGCUAGCCUAAAUAGCAUGUUAGCAUCGAUUAGCUUGCAGUCAUGCAGUGACCAAAUAUGUCUGAUUAGCACUCCACACAAGUCAAUAACAUCAACAAAACUCACCUUUGUGCACUCAUGCACAACGUUAAAAGUUUGGUGGACAAAAUGAGACAGAAAAAGAAGUGGCAUAAAACACGUCCUAGAAAGUCGGAGAACGUUAUACUUGUAAACAAACUACGGUGAGUUCAAGGACCGCCAAAAUUAGUAGGACAAAACGGCGCUCGCCAAAUACUCAAAUCAGUGAAGCAUGUUUAAUAUAAACAGUGUGAUUUGUAACAAUUAGGGAGGUUUGUGUCAUGUUUGUCCUCCUACGGAAACCAUAUUAAAACAAAAACUUUUUUUUUUUCCUCAUCUUUUUCCAUUUUUCAUACAUUUUUAAAAAAGCUCCAGAGAGCCACUAGGGCGGCGCUAAAGAGC